AUGGCUACCAUAACUCGUCAACCCUUUGCGCCUCUCGAUGGAGCGCGCUUGCAGACAUUAACAAGUCUCAAGAACAGACAGAAUGCUCUCUCAAACGCGUCGUCUCCGAAGCGAAAAGCAUCAGACAGCUUAGAUACGGACGAUUUCGAGAACGUGGACCCGGUGCUCUACUCUAAGAGAUCAAAGGGCUCGGAUAAUGUCUUUGCCCCCAAGGAUUCUUUCGUCAAGCCGUCAUUCAUUCUCGCGAAAUCGGCUAGUGCCAACGAUGUUGUCUCUAUUCUCAGUCCACCUAAGGCAGCGGCUCCGCGCGCACGGUCCUUACUUAACCCCAAGUCGCCUGUUUCGAAACUGAACAUCAGCUCGGCUAGAUCCACACCCCUUUCGGCUCCCGCUGGCCGAUCUCCAACCCGUGGCAAGAGGUCCGGUAUCCUCUCUUCCCGCCAACGAACUAAGGCCUUCUCUCGAGUGAACCCGCCCAGCUUCAGUUCCUCGAGCGCAUCUUCUGCACCAUUCUCGUUGGAUGCGGCUCUUAAGGGUACCAUCCCGAGCUAUGCCGGUCGCAAAGCCUCUUCCGCGGCAAAGUCUUCAUCUAGUUCCCUUGGUCUCGACAGCCUGCAGGAGGGAGAUAUGAAGCAAUCGUGGUUCUUCGAUAUCCACGAAGACACCCCGGAGCAAGAAAUGACCAAUCUACUACAGCACAGCACUUGCGUACUAGACAUCAGCUCGGACGAAGAGAGUGAGACUCGGCGCCAGCGAGAACGUGCCGAGGGCAAGGAAAAUGUACCUCCGGUGGAUGACGUCUCUCAGACCUCGCGGCCGCGGGCUGCUAGACAUGUAGCAGAGGACGAGAUGGUGUUUGAGAAGGAAAGGAAUCCUCUCGGCGAGAUGAAUGUUCGCGAGUACUACUCGGAGGGAUGCGAUGAGAAUACUAUCGUCAUCAUACCGGGUGAUGACGAAGAAGUUAGCGAAUCCCAAUCCCAACCACAGACACGGUACCGACCUGACGUCACCCCUGCGCUUAACUCUGGCGAAUCGGAUGCACCUCAACUUAACGCUGAUGACGGCGCACAAUCCGUAGACCAGUUAAUGGAGAAGGCAGACGAACCUGCCCCGGGCGCGGCUGUACUCGAGCCGAUGGAGGGAACGGGCGAGAGCUUCGAGGUAUGGGAAAGCGGAAGCGCGAAGGAUGAAGCAGAGGGAACUAUAGUGGAAGCGACAGAGUGCUAA